GCGGGGAAGCCGCUGGGAAUGAGCAUGUGUGGAACAUUGUGACACAAUGAAUUCGUUGCUGUUGUCGGGCGGCGCUGCAUUUAAUCGAGACCUAGACAAGGUGCUUGAGGCAUGCUCUACAAAAGCCAAUGGAUCAUACUCAGAUAGGAUAUGUGCUGUAAUAUCAGCAUGGCAACAGGUGGCGGAGCUGCAGCUGCCAAGUCCGCCUCCCACAGAUGACUCCUUCCUAGAACCUUUACACAGACUGACGCUGGAGCUGCUGCUGCAUGGCGAGUGGGCCGAGCUGCCGGCCGGCCGCCAGACGGAGCUGACUGAUGCCCUGGGACGGGCCGAGGCGGCCCUGCAGCUGCCGACGCUGCAACCCGUCUGGCGCCAGCUGCAGACGCUGGCGGCCGGCCCCUGGGACCAGCCGGUGCUCCGCCAGCUGAUCAGCAAGCAGCACGUCACCGACCAGCAGGCUAUGGAGUUCUGCUGCUCGGAGAGCCCCGACCUGCUGACACUGCGCCUGCAGACGCUUUGUGAGUCUCGCUGCGAGGACCUGGCGCUGGCGCUGGUGCGACACUGCUACAGGUGCCAAGAAAUGGCAGAUGGAAAGUUUAAGGACAUGUGCUCCAGCAUUCACAAACUGCUGUUCCUUGAUCUCUAUAUUACCCUGCUGUUUAAGUGGAGAAAAAAAGAUGCUAUCAUCAGCAUGCUGUCGUCGCUGCAGGGUGCGGCGGCCGUGUCGCUGGUUCGCCGGUUUGUGGCGCGACGGGGCUGUCGCCAGCGGAUGUGGCGCCACGCGGCCCGGCUGGCAGCCUUCCUCAGUCAGCUGCUGCUGGUGCACGCGCUCUUCCGGCCGGGGGACGACCACUGCGUCCUUGAACUGACGGUGGAGUGGGCACAGCUGCUCAGGCAGGGGGAGACGGCCGCCGAGCCGGCAGACGUGGAGGCCAGCGCCCGCACGCUCGUCUCGAAGGUGGACAGUGCGCGGCACAUCAUCGCCUUCGCCCACGGCUUAAGCCUUGUACUUGGUGCCGCACUCCGUCCGCUUGCCAUCGAGCUGUGUGUGCGGGCGCUGACACUGGAGACGAACCGGCUGGAGCACCUGAAGCUGGCGGACGAGGCCGGCGGCGGCGCCAGGGACGACGGCGCGCCGCAGUGUGUCGGCGACGGCGUGGAGAGCGGGCCCGGAGAGCCGGACGCCGCCUUCCUGGCCUGUGCGGACGGCCUUAUCAGCCAGCUGCAGAGUGCCGCCGCCCGCUCGACGCGCUGGAAGCGGCUCUCCUGGACACUAGACUGGCGUCGGCUGCACGCGCUGUGCCGGGCCUACCUGCACGACCCGGACCGGCUGAUGAACAUCACGCGCGACCUGCGCUACCUGGACAUCGACUACAGCCGGUUUGGUGGCUGUCCGAAGAGCGAGCCGCCGGACGCGUUCCACGGCAUUGAGAAGGGCUACGAGCGGUUCCUGAAGGGCUGCAGCAGAGCGGUGAGCUCGUACGUCAGCCACAAUCCUGCCGCGAAGAGGGCCGCUCUAGACGUGAAGCUGAGCAGGAAGCAGCUGCCCAAGGGCAGGAACGGCCUUCCCCAGCCGCCUGCGGAGCGCAGCGUUAAGGCCGAAUCCAACGGCGCCCUGCCUCCAGAGACCGACGCCAAGGAGUGCGCCAGCGGUCGGCAGGCAAAGUACACGCCGCCGGACGAGCCGCCGCUGGCCGAGCAGCUGCGCGAGUUCGAGAGCGUGCUGGAGGCGGUUUGGACGGGCCAGGAGCGCGCCGAGCCAGAGCUAGAGGACGAGCGCACGCGCGGCCGCAUCGUGGCCAUCCUGCGCCAGUAUCGGCGCCACUGA